CACACACUACUUAGUACUCUCAUUCUUCAUACACUAUCUCUUUCUCUGGCUUAGGCAAUGAAGAUGAAGUCUGCAGGGUCAGGCAAGACAAUGUCAAUGAGGGGGUUCAUGUGCCAGUCCUCAUCCACAGCAGUGUGUAUGGCAGGUGGUGGUAACUCAGUCAUUGUCCCACUAAGCAGAAGGCCAUUAACAACAACAACACUUGCAGCUCAUGAUGACAACACAAGAUUACUUGCCACCAGUGCCACAAGGCUUGUUCAUCAUUCACAUCAUCACAGCUUCAGUACUACUACUACUACUACUACUGUUGUGUCUAAUAGCAGUAAGAUAAGAUCACCAGUGUCUGUGCCUUGUUCUCUCAAGAGAGACCAAGCUGCUGUCUCACAUGAUAAACAACCAAAACUCAUCCAAAUUGAUCCACCAUCAUCACUACCUUCUUCAGACAAUGUUUUUCAGGUAGUUGUUAUGAGAGUUUCUCUUCACUGUCAAGGUUGUGCUGGUAAAGUAAAGAAACAUCUUUCUAAGAUGGAAGGGGUUACAUCCUUCAGCAUAGAUCUAGAGGACAAGAGGGUGACAGUGAUGGGGCAUAUAUCACCAAUUGGAGUUCUGGAGAGCAUUUCAAAGGUCAAGAAGGCUGAGUUUUGGCCUUGUUGAAGUCUCUGUCUUUUACCUUCUCUUUAAGCAAUCCUGGUAAUAGAUGGUAGAUGGUUCUCUCAAUCAAUAAAAAGACAUAUGGGGUGGGGGGUCCAUGCCUCCAUGACUUAGUUAACCAUGUGACCUGCAAGUCUGCAACACUACAUACUGUUGAUGCUGAUGUUCUUACUUAUUUAACUAAUUAUCAAUUACUGUUAACUUCUCUUUUUAUUAUCAAAAACAGUACCCUCUUUUGGUC